AUGGUACUUCCCUUGGUUCCUCAGUUUAUGUAUUCUACUACUGUCAUAGCCUAGCUAUAUGCUCCAGGAAACGCCCAUAUUACGUCGGUCAAGUGUGAACAAUCAGUUACUGGUCCAAAUUUUAGGACACUGUGGGAUACCUGGUUUUGCACCGAAAGAAUCACUACGUGCCGAGAUAUCCGACGUCUCUCUGGUUCAACGGCGUGUAGUUAUGGCGAAUAACUUGAAGGAGUAUAAGUAGACAGCCAAUGGAUGUGGGUCCCAUCAGGGGAACUUCACACCGACAAUGCCUUGCUUUUCCCUUCCAGCUUCUGAUUCUGCAGAGCAUCACUGAAAAGAAAAUCUAUAUUCCCACAGUAACUAUGUGUCAAUCUAUUCAAUCCUAUCCACCAUAAUCAUAAUGGCUGUUCAUCUCUAGGCGAUCACUUUCGAAGAUGAAUAGGUUGGAGGUCGGCGACCUAUUUUCGUGACGUAGCUACUAGUUCUCGUCAGAUAUAAAGGCGAGACAUCUGAGUCAAAAUCCACCAUCUUUUGUUGGAAUUCCUGGUGCAUUCCACUCUAGUUCACUAGGAUGUCGUCUAUAUUUCUAUUUGUUGCAGUCCUCCUUGGCGCUAGCGCCGUUCAGGCAUCCCCCAUUCAUUUCGCAAGACAAAGCAUCACGACCUUGACGGCUUCACAAAUUAGCACGUUCACUCCAUAUACCUUUUUCGCAAGUGCUGGCUAUUGCACACCAGCUACCACUUUGGCAUGGGAUUGUGGAGCGAACUGUCAAGCAAAUCCUGGUUUCAUGCCCGUCGCUUCUGGUGGUAAUGGUGACUCUGUACAGUUUUGGUUCGUGGGCUAUGAUCCAACUCUCAAUACUGUCAUCGUCUCUCAUCAGGGUACAGUUCCCACUGAAAUCCUGCCUCUCGUCACUGAUGGAGAUUUCUUCCUAUCGAAUUUGGAUUCCACACUUUUCCCUGGUAUCAGCUCAGAUAUCCAGGUCCAUAGUGGCUUCAAAGAUGCCCAAGCCAGCACUGCUACUGAUGUACUAGCUGCUGUUCAAAGCGCCAUGUCAAACCAUAGCGCCAACAGUGUAACGCUAGUAGGCCACUCCUUGGGUGCCGCUAUUACCCUUCUUGAUUCAGUUUAUCUCCCACUUCACCUUCCUGCGGGCACUCAAUUCAAGACCGUCGGUUAUGGGCUACCUCGAGUCGGAAAUCAAGCGUUCGCAAACUACGUUGAUGCGAACCUCCAACUCACACACGUAACCAACGAGAAAGACCCUAUCCCGACUCUCCCUGGAAUGUUUUUGGGCUUCGUCCACCCAUCGGGUGAGGACCACAUUGAAAACUCUACCCAAUGGGAUGCUUGUCCCGGGCAAGAUAACCCCAGCACGCUGUGCUCAGUCGGCGCUGUUCCUACCGUCUUAGAGGGCGAUUUGACUAAUCAUGACGGACCUUAUGGGCCUGUCACGAUGGGCUGUUCAAGCUGAGGUUUUUACUUAGGGUGUUUUUUUGGGGAUACAUAAUUUAUAUCUCUUGGGCAUAUAUCAUGGUUCGGAAUACUAAUGGGUAUGUUAUACUAUUGGGUUUUUGGCUCGCU